AUGAAGGCCUACAUUUCUUAGAAGAAAACCAAAAUGUUGCAUUGAAGUUUAUGGAAUACAUGAAUUCUCCACAAUGUGUCAAAUACACCAUGCACGAUGUUCGUGAAUUGUUUCGUCGGAAGUACAGUGAAGCAUGUGGAAAGCCCAUACAGAAAGUGCCGUAUUCCAAAGGUGGUUUCGUCGUUUCAGGAUUACCUGAUGAAAUUGAGUUUAGAAACCCGAGCACUUAUGGGCAAAAACAAAUCCAGAAAAUCAUGAACAAGGCUGAUGACAUCGCCUUUUGUUUACAAAAUCCUGCUGUCAAAGUGCCAUCACAAGUCACUGUCGCCGAACUUGCAGUACACAAGCAAAUUUUGGUAAAAUUAGUCACCGAAGAAACCGCUACAGCCAGCCUAUCGAACCAACACCAAAUCUUAGAGGAGGAUUUGGAAGUAUGCGAAUUCGACCUCACCGCUAGUGAGUUCAAUAUUCUCACUACACAAUUGCGGGAUUACUUCCAUGAAGAUGCAAUCACCGCACUAGAAAGUAAUUUUGAGGCAGGCAGGGGUCAUCAAGGGUAUAUAUUACCCGUGUAUACAACCACCAGUGAUGCAUACUGGUUGUUUUACCAUCCCGGAACCGCCGAUGAGAUUGAGAAUCUACAACCAGAAGAUCCAAUUAGCGGUUACUGGCUUGACAAGACCGAACAGGAACUACACUACAAGUUACUGGUUGAGCCCCAAGAAGCAUCAAUUGUGGCAUUGAAUUUGAUCAACGACAAUCUUAGCGAACUUGGGUCUCUUAGAGUUAGAAAACACCUUGAUACAGAGGAUGAAUUGAGGCUCAUUGCGGUGUCCGCUGAUUUUGACUACUCUGUAAAGGAGUGUUUGAGAAAACAUGGCUUUGAUAAGUAAUUUUUUAAACCUUCGUAAGACCUGUUUCAAACGGCGAGUUUACCAUGUGCCUAACCCAUCCAACCCAAACAAUCGACUUGAGUCUAUAUGUUAAGCUCGACUACUUUGUUAUUUUCGACGUUUGAAUCACCAAGCCAACUUGGUCGAGCUCAAUAUGAAUUGAAUUCGGCACAUGAAAACUCGCCGUUUUGAAACAGGCCUAAAUUGUUCUGCCUAGAACUAUUGCAAGUUGUAAUUACACACCUACAUAGGUACGUGAGUCAUAAUAUCUAUACUGUUGCAAAUGUUGCGUUGUCAUUGGCUACGUUACUCGCUGUCUAUUCAUCGAUAGAUAGUUGCAAAACGAACAUUUAAUGGUCCAUCUUUCAUGGGGUUUUUUCAUGGGGUUUUUUGUUAUUCAGACCACGCCCAUUGCACUGUAUGCUGGGUGGGGGUCCAAGCAUGUGUAGAAAAAAUGGUAUCAGCAAUGUCACAUUUUUGCAAUUUUAAACGUUGCUAACCGACUGAUUUCAAAGAUAUGGUUAGAAGAGUCCUUGCUACGUGUCGAAGCGCUGCAUAGAAUACGGUUUCUGUGACUAGUGAUUAUUAAAGAAUUAAAUGGAAAUAGAUGAAAAUUUGUAGAAUGUUGUGGGUAAAUGUGUCAAAAUGAUAUAGGGAAUUCGGUAAUGUGCUUACUCGAGUGAUGGGAAAUCUGACAAGACUGAGGGGCUGUUAAUAUAUGGGGAAGGCUGGCCCGCUUAAGAGGAUUGGCCUUUCAGCUGGCGGUUGGCUUUCAGCUCGUGUUUAUAUGAGAUGGCUUGGCCCUGUUAGGGGGGCUGGCUAAGGAGGAGGGAUCUCUUCUUCAAGGGCCAGCUCUCCAGUGAGGGCUGGCCUUCUUCCAUAUAAACACCCCAUGAAUAACAUAGGAACGAAUAAGCAGGGCCGUUGCGAUAGUGGUGUGUGUG